AUCACAUAUUUUGAAGCUGCAGACAGAAACAUCAGCGUCAGGACGGAAACACACAAACUCUAAGAAAUGGCUCAAACUCUGUAUUUCAUUCUUCUUCUCACUGCUCUCUGCUCCGUAUCUGAAUGUGUUCAGCGUCAGUAUCACUUUAUAAAUAAGAUCAAGACCUGGACUGAAGCUCAGAGAUACUGCAGAGAGAAUUACACAGAUCUGGCCACCGUUGACAACAUGAACAACAUGAACGAGCUGAAGAAGAGUGUGAAUGAUGGAAGUGUUCAGUUGGUCUGGAUUGGGCUGCAGAAGACGGGUCGUGAUAAAUGGCAGUGGUGUUCAGGUGAACCUGCGCUCUAUCUGAACUGGGCUACUGGACAACCAGAUGGCAGAGAUGAUUGUGCUAUGAUGUUAAAUGGACAAUUUCAUGAUUUGCCAUGUAGUGAAAACCGACAUUUCAUCUGCAACAACACAAACACAGGACUCGUCCUUGGAAAUCAGAUGAUGAAUUGGACAGAUGCUCAGAGUUACUGCAGACAGAAUCACAUUGAUCUGGUCAGUGUGAGAAACCAGAAUGAGAAUCAACAGGUUGAGCAGUUCAUUAGUGAUAGACAGUUAUCUGGAUCAUGGGUCUGGAUCGGUCUGUUCAGAGACUCAUGGCAGUGGUCAGAUCAGAGUGACUCCUCAUUCAGAUACUGGAGGUCUGGUCAACCUGAUAAUUAUAAUCGUGGUGAAAACUGUACAGCUGCUGAACUGAACACUCAGGGACGAUGGAAUGACGUCUUUUGUAACAACCAGUAUCCUUUUGUGUGUCAUGAAGGUGAUUUCUGCUUGUGGUUUGUUUCGUUUCCAGAUAAACUGGUUCUGAUCAAAGAGAAUCUGACGUGGUCUGAAGCUCUGAGAUACUGCAGACAGAAUCAUGUGGAUCUGGUCUCGGUUCAUUCAGAAGAGAUUCAGCAUGAGGUGAUGAACGUGGUUAAACGAGCAUCUACUGCGGCGGUGUGGUUGGGUUUACGUCACUCCCGUAUUUUGGGCAUCUGGUAUUGGGUGAGUGGAGAGACCGUGUGCUAUCAGAACUGGGCUCCAGGGAACGGCACAUCAGUGGAGGACUGUGAACACACAGUGAGAUCUGGAGCAGUUCAGUCUGGAGGAGAUCAGCGCUGGAUCAGCCGUCCUGAAACUGACAAACUCAACUUCAUCUGCAGCAGAUAUUAAGAGUGAAUGGAUAUACUUACAUUUAAUUUAAGAUAACAAAUGCUUGUGUGUUUCCUAUUGAUAUUCUGUUGGUCUCUUUGCUCCAUUUUAAGAGCCUCAUCAGUCAGAACUGCUUUUACAAACACUUUCAGCAUGCACUUUCUUUUUUUAAUAACUUCAGAAUUAUGACAUAUUUGUGUAUCAAAUUAAUUUUAUGAGGAGUCGUAUGAGCAUCAUAUUUACUUAUCAUUAGGGGGAAAAACAACUUUGUUUUCUUUUAGUUUUAUCAUGAUAACAUGCUCUUAUCAAUGUACAAUUCAAGUAAUAAAUAUAACUGAAAAGAUCAUGCUUUCUUAAAAAACAAAAUCACUAAUGUGUGUUCUCAAUCAGCUCUUGAGAAGAAUAUUGUUUGUGUCUCAGCAAAAAUAAAUCUGAUUUAUUCUUCAAAUGGCAGAUAUUGUGUGAGCUGGUGUUCUUAUGCAGAUAAAUGUAAAUGAGUGUACUGUAUUAUGGCGCCACCUAGA